CCAACCUUUACCAUUUUGUUUCUUCCUCACUCUAACCAACCAACCAACCAAACACUUCUGAUCCUCCUCUCCAAUGGCUUCCUUAUCCUUCAUCUCCUCCUCUCACCUCACUCUCCGCGCUCCUUCCUCUAUCAUCCGCACACGAUCUCACUCCGUCUCCUUCUCCAUCAAAUCCCAAUCCACCGCCCUCUCACAAGACGACUUAAAAAAACUCGCAGCCGAAAAAGCCGUACAAUCAAUCAAACCCGGAAUGGUCCUCGGCCUCGGAACCGGAUCCACCGCGGCCUUCGCCGUCUCCCAAAUCGGAAAACUCCUCUCCUCCGGCUCACUCCACGACAUCGUCGGCAUCCCGACCUCCAAACGCACCGAAGACCAAGCCCGAUCCCUCGGCAUCCCUCUCGCGACGCUCGACACGCACCCGCGAAUCGAUUUGGCCAUCGACGGAGCCGACGAGGUGGAUCCGAACCUGGACCUGGUCAAGGGGCGGGGAGGUGCGCUCUUGAGAGAGAAGAUGGUGGAGGCAGUUGCGGAGAGGUUCAUCGUUGUUGCUGAUGAGACGAAGCUCGUGGAGGGGUUGGGAGGGAGCGGGUUGGCGAUGCCUGUGGAGGUUGUGAAGUUCUGUUGGGAGUUUAAUUUGGUGAGGUUGAGGGAUUUGUUUAGGGAGUUUGGGUGUGAGGCGAAGUUGAGAGUUGGGGAGGGUGGGGAGGUGUAUGUGACGGAUAAUAGUAAUUUUAUUGUUGAUUUGUAUUUUAAGGAGCCGUUGAAGGAUGGGGUUGCUGCGGGGAGGGAGAUUGGGAAGUUUGAAGGGGUGGUGGAGCAUGGGUUGUUUUUGGGGAUGGCUACUAGUGUGAUUAUUGCUGGGAAGAAUGGUGUUGAAGUGUUGAAUAAGUGAAAGAGGUUUUUUUUUUCUCCUUUUGUAAAAUUUGAAAUAAAAUCUUUUGCAAUUUGGAUUCAUUAUUCGGAAGAGAAUUAGAACACAAAUGGAAUUCGUUUUGGAAUCCAUGAUUGCAAAUUGUGUAUAGUAGAACUUUCAGUUCCAGUAACAGUGAGCUGUUGAAAAAAGUUUACAUAAUUCAAACACAUGCUCAUGGAAUAUGGGCUGUGGUUAGUUUUUUUAAGCCCAAGGGAUGAUGCUAUGUAACAUAUUUAGGGCCUUGCUCUGUUUUUAGUACUU